UCGGAUUUGAACUUGCUGAGAGGGAGCCUUGGCCCCGGGAUGUUAACUCUCCACUGCCAAGGGACAGCGUGUGGGUGCCUGUGUGAGGCUCCGGAGAGUUUACACUAGUCCUCCGUACGCCACCAAAUGCUCUUCGGAUUCUGUAGAGGCUGGACGUACCGGGGAACGUGUGUGCACCACGAUAGGGUAACAUCUGGACUGGACUCCUGGCCCCUUGAUGCUUGGCUGCCCACAAGUUCCUGGAUCAACUUGUUGAGAACCGUAUUGCUGCUGGAGGCUUCUCACACGCCUCAGGAUCUCUUCGGGGAAAUCAACUCCACAGAAACUGAAAAUUUAGACAGUCUAGGGGAGCCCCUUCAGAUCGUCUAGGAAGAUGGUGGCCCUGUCCUUAAAGAUCUGCGUCCGCCACUGCAAUGUGGUGAAGACCAUGCAGUUCGAACCAUCCACGGCCGUGUACGACGCCUGCCGGGUCAUUCGGGAGCGGGUCCCUGAGGCCCAGACGGGGCAAGCUUCUGACUAUGGGCUGUUUCUUUCGGAUGAAGAUCCCAGGAAAGGGAUUUGGCUGGAAGCAGGCAGAACACUGGAUUACUACAUGUUACGAAACGGGGACAUUUUGGAAUACAAAAAGAAACAGAGGCCUCAGAAGAUCCGGAUGCUGGAUGGAUCUGUAAAGACAGUGAUGGUGGACGACUCUAAGACCGUGGGGGAGCUCCUGGUAACCAUCUGCAGCAGGAUAGGAAUAACGAAUUACGAAGAGUACUCUUUAAUCCAAGAAACCAUUGAAGAAAAGAAAGAGGAAGGCACGGGGACGCUCAAGAAGGACAGGACGCUGCUACGGGAUGAGAGGAAGAUGGAGAAGCUGAAGGCCAAGCUGCACACGGACGAUGACUUGAACUGGCUGGACCACAGCCGGACGUUCAGAGAGCAAGGCGUAGAUGAAAACGAGACGUUGCUGCUCCGACGGAAGUUCUUCUACUCCGACCAGAACGUGGACUCCAGAGACCCUGUGCAGCUGAACCUGCUUUACGUCCAGGCCCGGGAUGACAUCCUGAAUGGCUCCCACCCCGUCUCCUUUGAGAAAGCCUGCGAGUUUGGUGGAUUUCAAGCCCAGAUACAGUUCGGACCUCACGUGGAGCAUAAACACAAGCCUGGAUUCUUAGAUCUAAAGGAAUUCCUGCCCAAAGAAUACAUCAAGCAGAGAGGAGCUGAAAAGAGAAUAUUUCAGGAGCAUAAGAACUGUGGAGAGAUGAGUGAAAUAGAAGCCAAGGUCAAGUAUGUGAAGCUGGCCCGGUCCCUGCGGACAUACGGUGUGUCCUUCUUCCUAGUGAAGGAAAAGAUGAAAGGCAAGAACAAGCUGGUGCCCCGCCUGCUGGGGGUCACCAAGGACUCAGUGAUGCGUGUGGAUGAGAAGACCAAGGAGGUGCUGCAGGAGUGGCCGCUCACCACGGUCAAGCGCUGGGCGGCCUCACCCAAGAGCUUCACGCUGGAUUUUGGGGAGUAUCAGGAAAGCUACUACUCAGUCCAGACCACCGAGGGAGAGCAAAUAUCCCAGCUGAUUGCAGGAUACAUUGACAUCAUCCUCAAAAAGAAACAAAGCAAAGAUAGAUUUGGACUAGAAGGUGAUGAGGAGUCCACCAUGUUAGAGGAGUCAGUCUCCCCAAAAAAGUCCACAAUCUUGCAGCAGCAGUUCAACCGGACAGGCAAGGCGGAGCACGGCUCAGUGGCUCUACCAGCUGUGAUGCGCUCAGGCUCCAGCGGGCCGGAGACCUUCAACGUGGGCAGCAUGCCUUCGCCGCAGCAGCAGGUUAUGGUUGGGCAGAUGCAUCGCGGUCACAUGCCUCCGCUGACCUCCGCCCAGCAGGCUCUGAUGGGGACCAUCAACACAAGCAUGCAUGCUGUCCAGCAGGCCCAGGAUGACCUGAGCGAGCUCGACUCACUGCCUCCUCUCGGCCAAGAUAUGGCGUCUAGGGUGUGGGUUCAGAACAAAGUGGAUGAAUCCAAACACGAAAUCCAUUCUCAAGUUGAUGCUAUUACAGCUGGAACGGCUUCAGUCGUCAACCUCACGGCUGGUGACCCCGCGGACACUGACUACACGGCCGUGGGUUGUGCGAUCACCACGAUUUCCUCCAACCUGACGGAGAUGUCCAAGGGCGUGAAGCUCUUGGCGGCUCUCAUGGACGAUGAGGUGGGCAGCGGUGAGGACUUGCUCCGAGCUGCGAGGACGCUUGCUGGGGCGGUGUCUGACUUGUUAAAAGCUGUGCAGCCCACUUCUGGAGAGCCUCGACAGACCGUCCUGACUGCCGCUGGGAGCAUUGGCCAAGCCAGUGGGGAUCUUCUGAGACAGAUUGGAGAGAUUGAGACUGAUGAGCGAUUCCAAGAUGUUUUAAUGAGCUUGGCCAAAGCGGUUGCCAAUGCUGCUGCCAUGUUGGUGCUAAAGGCAAAGAAUGUGGCCCAAGUGGCCGAAGAUACUGUCCUGCAGAACAGGGUGAUCGCUGCUGCCACGCAGUGUGCCCUCUCCACCUCCCAGCUUGUGGCCUGUGCCAAGGUCGUGAGCCCCACCAUCAGCUCCCCGGUGUGCCAGGAGCAGCUCAUCGAAGCGGGCAAGCUCGUGGACCGCUCGGUGGAGAACUGCGUCCGCGCCUGCCAGGCGGCCACCACCGACGCUGAGCUGCUGAAGCAGGUCAGCGCGGCAGCCAGCGUGGUCAGCCAGGCCCUGCACGACCUCCUGCAGCACGUGCGGCAGUUUGCCAGCCGAGGAGAACCCAUUGGCCGCUACGACCAGGCCACCGACACCAUCAUGUGUGUCACGGAGAGCAUCUUCAGCUCCAUGGGCGAUGCCGGUGAGAUGGUGCGCCAGGCCCGAGUGCUGGCCCAGGCCACUUCCGACCUCGUCAAUGCCAUGAGAUCAGAUGCGGAGGCCGAAAUCGACAUGGAGAAUUCAAAGAAGCUGCUGGCAGCAGCAAAGCUCUUGGCCGACUCCACUGCCCGCAUGGUGGAAGCAGCGAAGGGGGCCGCAGCCAACCCAGACAACGAGGAUCAGCAGCACAGGCUAAGAGAAGCCGCGGAAGGUCUCCGGGUAGCCACCAACGCUGCAGCGCAGAACGCUAUUAAGAAGAAAAUUGUCAACCGGCUGGAGGUCGCAGCCAAGCAGGCAGCGGCGGCAGCUACGCAGACCAUCGCUGCCUCCCAGAACGCAGCCAUUUCCAACAAGAACCCUGCAGCGCAGCAGCAGCUGGUCCAGAGCUGCAAGGCUGUGGCGGAUCACAUUCCUCAGCUGGUCCAGGGCGUGCGAGGGAGCCAAGCGCAAGCGGAGGACCUCAGCGCGCAGCUGGCGCUCAUCAUCUCUAGCCAGAACUUUCUCCAGCCCGGAAGCAAGAUGGUGUCCUCCGCCAAGGCUGCGGUGCCCACUGUGAGUGACCAGGCCGCAGCCAUGCAGCUGAGCCAGUGUGCCAAGAACCUAGCGACCAGCCUGGCUGAGCUGCGAACGGCCUCGCAGAAGGCCCAUGAAGCCUGUGGUCCUAUGGAAAUCGAUUCAGCUCUGAACACAGUGCAGACGCUUAAGAAUGAGCUGCAGGAUGCCAAGAUGGCAGCUGUGGAGAGUCAGCUGAAGCCUCUUCCUGGGGAAACGCUGGAAAAAUGUGCUCAGGACCUGGGAAGCACCUCGAAAGCGGUGGGCUCCUCCAUGGCGCAGCUCCUCACCUGUGCUGCUCAAGGCAACGAGCACUACACAGGAGUUGCUGCUAGGGAAACAGCUCAAGCUCUGAAGAUGCUGGCCCAGGCUGCCCGGGGAGUGGCCGCAUCUACGAGUGACCCCACAGCCGCCCAUGCCAUGUUGGAUUCUGCUCGAGACGUGAUGGAGGGCUCUGCCAUGCUCAUCCAAGAAGCCAAGCAGGCCCUGAUUGCACCCGGGGAUGCAGAGAGUCAACAGAGACUAGCUCAGGUGGCCAAAGCCGUCUCACACUCCUUGAACAACUGUGUGAAUUGCCUGCCUGGGCAGAAGGAUGUGGAUGUGGCCUUGAAGAGCAUCGGGGAAUCCAGCAAGAAGCUGCUGGUGGAUUCGCUACCUCCGAGCACAAAGCCUUUCCAGGAAGCCCAGAGCGAGCUGAACCAGGCAGCAGCCGAUCUAAACCAGUCUGCUGGGGAAGUCGUCCACGCCACCCGGGGCCAGAGCGGGGAGCUGGCCGCAGCCUCGGGAAAAUUCAGUGAUGACUUUGAUGAAUUCCUUGAUGCUGGCAUUGAGAUGGCUGGCCAGGCGCAGACGAAAGAAGACCAGAUCCAAGUGAUAGGCAACCUGAAGAAUAUCUCUAUGGCAUCCAGCAAGCUGUUGUUAGCUGCCAAGUCUCUCUCCGUAGAUCCAGGAGCUCCUAAUGCGAAAAACCUUCUGGCUGCAGCUGCAAGAGCAGUGACGGAGAGCAUCAACCAGCUGAUCACCUUGUGCACCCAGCAAGCCCCGGGGCAGAAGGAGUGCGAUAACGCCCUGCGGGAACUCGAGACUGUCAAGGGGAUGCUGGACAAUCCCAAUGAGCCUGUUAGUGACCUGUCUUACUUUGACUGCAUCGAGAGUGUGAUGGAAAACUCCAAGGUUCUCGGCGAGUCAAUGGCGGGGAUUUCGCAGAAUGCCAAGACCGGGGACCUGCCUGGCUUUGGGGAGUGUGUGGGGAUUGCAUCCAAGGCUCUCUGUGGACUGACAGAGGCCGCAGCCCAGGCAGCAUACCUGGUUGGCAUCUCUGAUCCAAACAGCCAGGCAGGUCACCAGGGCCUGGUGGACCCCAUCCAGUUUGCCAGGGCUAACCAGGCAAUCCAGAUGGCAUGCCAGAACCUGGUGGACCCCGGCAGCAGUCCGUCGCAGGUCCUGUCAGCUGCCACAAUCGUAGCCAAGCACACCUCGGCCCUGUGCAACGCCUGCCGCAUAGCCUCCUCCAAGACGGCCAACCCCGUGGCCAAGAGGCAUUUCGUCCAGUCGGCCAAGGAGGUCGCCAACAGCACCGCCAACCUGGUGAAGACCAUCAAGGCGCUGGAUGGGGAUUUCUCUGAAGACAACCGCAAUAAAUGUCGCGUUGCCACUGCACCCUUGAUCGAAGCUGUGGAGAACCUGACAGCAUUUGCGUCAAACCCGGAGUUCGUCAGCAUUCCCGCCCAGAUCAGCUCGGAGGGCUCUCAGGCUCAGGAACCAAUCCUGGUCUCUGCAAAGACCAUGCUGGAGAGCUCGUCAUACCUCAUCCGCACCGCACGCUCUUUGGCCAUCAACCCCAAAGACCCGCCUACCUGGUCUGUGCUGGCUGGACAUUCCCAUACUGUGUCUGACUCCAUUAAGAGUCUCAUCACAUCUAUCAGGGACAAGGCCCCUGGGCAGAGAGAGUGUGACUACUCUAUCGAUGGCAUCAAUCGGUGCAUUCGGGACAUCGAACAGGCCUCGUUGGCAGCUGUCAGCCAGAGCUUGGCCACGAGGGACGACAUCUCUGUGGAGGCCCUGCAGGAACAGCUGACUUCAGUGGUCCAGGAAAUCGGGCAUCUUAUCGACCCUAUCGCCACAGCAGCUCGGGGAGAAGCAGCCCAGCUGGGACAUAAGGUGACACAGCUGGCGAGCUACUUCGAGCCCUUGAUCUUAGCUGCAGUAGGUGUUGCCUCUAAGAUUCUGGACCAUCAGCAGCAGAUGACAGUGCUGGACCAGACGAAGACUCUUGCAGAGUCCGCCCUGCAGAUGCUGUAUGCAGCCAAAGAAGGUGGAGGAAACCCCAAGGCGCAGCACACGCACGACGCCAUCACGGAGGCCGCGCAGCUGAUGAAAGAGGCCGUGGACGACAUCAUGGUGACGCUGAACGAAGCAGCCAGUGAAGUGGGGCUGGUGGGGGGCAUGGUGGACGCCAUUGCAGAGGCCAUGAGCAAGCUGGAUGAAGGCACUCCUCCAGAACCAAAGGGAACGUUUGUUGACUACCAAACGACCGUGGUUAAAUACUCCAAAGCUAUUGCCGUGACAGCUCAGGAAAUGAUGACUAAGUCGGUUACUAACCCGGAGGAGCUGGGAGGACUGGCUUCACAAAUGACCAGUGACUAUGGGCACCUGGCUGCCCAGGGCCAGAUGGCAGCUGCCACGGCUGAACCAGAGGAGAUCGGCUUCCAGAUUCGCACGCGCGUGCAAGACCUGGGCCACGGCUGCAUCUUCCUGGUGCAGAAGGCGGGCGCCCUCCAGGUGUGCCCCACGGACAGCUACACCAAGAGGGAGCUGAUCGAAUGUGCUCGCGCCGUCACAGAGAAGGUGUCCUUGGUGCUCUCGGCACUCCAGGCUGGAAACAAGGGAACCCAAGCAUGCAUCACAGCCGCCACUGCCGUGUCUGGGAUCAUCGCCGACCUGGACACCACCAUCAUGUUUGCGACAGCGGGGACACUGAAUGCAGAGAACAGCGAGACCUUUGCAGACCACAGGGAGAACAUCCUGAAGACAGCCAAGGCCUUGGUGGAAGACACAAAGCUGCUCGUGUCCGGGGCUGCGUCCACUCCAGACAAGCUGGCCCAGGCAGCCCAGUCGUCGGCAGCCACCAUCACCCAGCUCGCUGAGGUGGUCAAGCUGGGGGCAGCCAGUCUGGGCUCGGAUGACCCUGAGACCCAGGUGGUGUUGAUCAACGCCAUCAAAGACGUGGCCAAGGCCCUCUCUGACCUCAUUGGUGCUACCAAAGGGGCUGCUAGCAAGCCAGCUGACGACCCUUCCAUGUACCAGCUCAAGGGGGCCGCCAAGGUGAUGGUGACAAACGUCACCUCUCUCCUCAAGACUGUGAAGGCGGUGGAGGAUGAGGCCACCCGGGGCACCAGGGCGCUUGAGGCCACCAUUGAGUACAUAAAGCAGGAGCUCACGGUGUUCCAAUCAAAAGAGGUACCUGAAAAGACAUCAUCACCUGAAGAAUCGAUAAGGAUGACAAAAGGCAUCACCAUGGCAACAGCCAAAGCCGUGGCGGCUGGGAACUCGUGCAGACAGGAGGACGUGAUUGCUACCGCCAAUCUGAGCCGGAAGGCCGUGUCGGAUAUGUUGACAGCUUGCAAGCAAGCGUCCUUCCACCCUGAUGUCAGCGACGAGGUGCGAACGCGAGCCUUGCGGUACGGGACGGAGUGCACGCUGGGCUACCUGGACCUUCUGGAGCAUGUCCUGGUGAUCCUUCAGAAACCAACCCCAGAACUCAAGCAUCAGCUGGCUGCUUUCUCUAAGCGAGUGGCUGGCGCCGUAACUGAGCUCAUCCAGGCAGCGGAAGCGAUGAAAGGAACAGAGUGGGUGGAUCCAGAAGACCCAACCGUCAUUGCAGAAACCGAAUUACUGGGGGCUGCAGCAUCCAUUGAGGCUGCUGCUAAGAAGUUAGAGCAACUGAAGCCAAGAGCAAAACCAAAACAAGCAGAUGAGACGCUGGAUUUUGAAGAACAGAUCUUGGAAGCUGCUAAGUCCAUUGCUGCUGCCACAAGUGCCCUGGUCAAAUCUGCCUCAGCAGCCCAGAGGGAGCUGGUGGCCCAAGGAAAGGUGGGCUCCAUCCCUGCCAACGCUGCGGAUGAUGGACAGUGGUCACAGGGGCUGAUUUCUGCCGCCCGGAUGGUGGCGGCUGCGACCAGCAGCCUCUGUGAGGCCGCCAAUGCCUCUGUCCAGGGCCAUGCCAGCGAGGAGAAGCUCAUCUCAUCCGCCAAGCAGGUCGCGGCUUCCACGGCUCAGCUGCUCGUGGCCUGCAAGGUGAAAGCCGACCAGGACUCAGAGGCCAUGAGGCGGCUACAGGCAGCAGGAAAUGCUGUGAAAAGAGCCUCAGACAAUCUCGUACGUGCAGCCCAGAAGGCGGCAUUUGGCAAAACUGAUGAUGAUGAUGUCGUGGUGAAAACAAAGUUUGUGGGGGGCAUUGCUCAGAUCAUCGCUGCCCAGGAGGAAAUGCUAAAGAAAGAGCGAGAACUGGAAGAAGCGCGGAAAAAGCUGGCCCAGAUCCGCCAGCAGCAGUACAAGUUCCUGCCCACCGAGCUGCGGGAGGACGAGGGCUAAGCCAGGAGGGGAUGGCGGCCCCAGGAGGUGGCCCUGCUGGAACUGGACCAUGUUCCUGAGUGCCGGGCACUUCCCUGCGAGCUGCCUGCUCCCCGGGGGGCCACCCAGAGCCCUCACGCCCCGAGCCUCGGUCUCACCCCUCUGUCCUGUCGGCACCGGCUGCAUGAUCGCGAUGUCACACGGUACAGUGUCCCACCCACAGCUCCUCCCGCCCCCCAGGCCUCACUAGAUCUCAGGAGAGAGGGGCGCGCAUCUCAUGGACUGUUACCAAAAAAGAGAAGUCAGUAUUACGUCGUUCUCAGACUGUCCCCAUCAGCUGGGGCUGGACAGAGGCGACCUCACCGUCCAGGUCCGAGUUGGGUUUUCUGCUCCUGGGCAGGUCAGAACUCAAGAUGGGAAGAUGUCUGUUCAGAAUUGUCGCCUGUCCUCCAUUCUAAGAGGACUCUUCUUCUGUAUAGUAACACUCCUCAGAUCCAGAUGCAUCCGAAAGUCCAUGGGAGCCUUUGACCAGAUCUUUCCGUUUAUUGCCACACAAGUGACAGGCUAUUUUCAGCAGCCCCUCAUCUGGACCCCACCUUUCCAGCAUUUCUCCCCCACCCCCCACCCCGCCAUUCUCUUUUUCUUUUCAGAGGUCUCCUGGGAAGGGUAUUUUAUCUUGAAUUUACCUUCAAUCUGAGCCUCUCCCCAAGACAGUACACAGAGUCUGAGUGGCUCAUCGGAAAGAGCCUAGGGCAGGGAGUCUUUGAAGGGAUCUGGGAAGGAAGACAGGAUUUCAUGGAGGUGCCUGUGUUUGAAGACUGCAGGCUGUUGGAGGCAGGCCAUCUCCGCCUCUCUGUCGGGCUGUGGUACCAAGACUCAUAUUGGUAUGAGUUUUAAAACUCCACCUGGGGGGAAAACUGGACACUCUAGUCCUCCAAAGAUGUCAGCUUUUAACCUUGCCUAGUGAUCCUGCUUGAGUAGACCCUGGUCCAUGCCGUGGUUUAAAGAUGCAAUUAAACUUUCUCAGCUUCCUUUAUCUGUAAGAUACUUUCAAGUGCUGAGCCUGUGGGAUUCAUGUAGCAAAGUGAGAGGAAAUAGCAUGUAGGUGGAAAGCAGUGGAGAGAGCGUGUGGGGCGGGUGUGGACACCCGCUGACAAAGCCGGGGAGCCCUGGGCGGACACAGGAGGGGCCGCGGGGCCUUUUAACGGGGUCACACCCAGGCGCUCGGGGCUGGGCUCACCUAGGAUUCUGCGAGCCCUCCAGGGCCUGCUCAUCCCCUUCUCUAGGCUCUGUCCGAGACAGCUGACCCCUUCCCUGCCACCUGCCGCCUGUCCCAUGCCGACACAAGGACAAGGCAGGGGCAAGCAGUAAGUUCUCCAUCCCUGCCUCCGAGUUGUUUAAAACUUCAGCUGCAUUUGGUACCAGGAAAACCUCCCAAAAUAAACUAGAUGAAAGGCCGGUCAUUUACAACUGUAAAGGGAAGGCACAGAGCACAGUUUCUAUUUGGAGGACCUGUGUACAUGGCCUCCUGUGCGGAGUUUGCUGCUACUAGGUGCUUUCGGGAAAGCGGUGCCGAGCCCUCCCAUGAUAUGACCCCGCUUUUGCUCUGAUCUUUCCUUGUUCGAGCCUGCAUAGGUGGAUAUGCGUGUGGGUAUGAGUUGCAUUUUGCAGUGUACAGCUUCAGAGCAACUAACAAAAAAGUGCUUUCUGGGGAAAGUGGCCCCAGGCCUGGAAAUUAAAACCGUGUGCCCAGGGAUGGGGAGCAGGCAUGUGGCUGUGUGCCCUGCCUCACCUCUCUGCCCCAUGAGUGCAGCUGACACUGGCCCUUGAGUCUUCUGAUUGUUUAGUCCGGCAAUGGACGAUUGUGAUGGUUUAGAAAAAAAGAACCUGAAGUAGACUUCAGACUGUUCAGUGAUGUGGGAGUUUGGGUUUCACUUAGCUCUGCCUUUCAGAAGUCUUCCUAUGAUGAUGCUAAAGCCCUGUUUAGUUCUGCUGGUGUCUAGUUGGGUGGCCUUAGCAGUUGGCAUAGACAGGUCCUUGGGUCUUCUGGUGGACCACACCAGCCUGCAUUCUGCUGUGAAGUUAAGGGGUGAGCUCCCCGUGCCUUCGACGGUACGUGUAUUUCUCCUAGAAGACCACCUGAGCUUCCCCGUACGGUACUAGAUUAUAAUGUACAAGCGAUGGAAGCUGAUUCCUACCUUAUCAACAGGUCCUUUGUAACCAAAGCGCACCACCCCCCAAAAGAGGAAUCCCACCUCUGAGGGAUCCAGAGCCCAGAAUCCCAUGGAGGCGGCAGGUACAGGGCAAAGGUGGUAAGUAAGCUGGGGCUUGCUCCCAGGGAAAGCGCAGGCUUUCGGCCGAGAAGCCUCAGUUUCCUCCAGCAGGCAGCACCUGAGAGCUUCUCUUCGGUUCUGUGGUCCCGGGUUGUGGCAGGGUCUGUGGGAUUCGGGCCUUCAGGCCCAGCACAGGCUGUCAGCACGUUCUGCUCGUAGAUUCCUGGAGGAAACAUGCUCUGUUGACCAAGGGAGGCUGCUUCUCUGUCUUAUCAGGACCAGGGAAGUGGGGGGAAGUUUUCACUUCAAGCUGAGGGGGCGGCAGUCCCCGGAGUCCCAAAGCCCAAAAGUCCCAGGGAUUGUGCUGAUGGCUCGCGUCCAACCUGUCCACGGAGCUCUCCAAGUGCCGAACUCGGGAGGCGACGUCUGUUGGGGCAGGAACCCUUCCCACGGGUCCCAGCUCCUGCACUGAAACUCCGAGACCACGUCUCGGGUCUGCGAGCUGGGCAAGGUGUGUGAUGUUCGUGGCCACGGGGAAGAAGCGUGUGACACAGCCUCUGCUGACCGAUGGAGGCUCCUGAGAGGGGCUGCUGCUGUGUGCGGAGGGGCUUUGGUUCGGCCUCCUCCGAGCCCCCUCCCCCCGGGAGCAUCAAUCCUCCACAGCAUCACCCCGUAGAGCCCUGGGCCCAGAUGCAAGACCCAGAGGAAGCCAGGAGCGCUGCACUCUGCCCUGUCACAGUGUCUAACCCCGGAAAUUAAUUUAAUCACAUGAGGUAUUUUUUUAUUCAUCAGAAAUAAAGCUUUAAAGGAAUGAA